CUCCAACUCUUCGCACAGAACGACAAGUCUGCACCAGACGACUACUCUCAGAUUCAUACUUACUUCAGUCAUCAGUGAACAUCAGUCUCGUUGCCAGUUACAAUGAUGUCUUCGAGCUUCACCCUGUCCAGCACAGAUAUCCUUCGCGCCCUUGCCGUGGUGCUUGUGAUGAUGUCACUUCCGGUUUCGAGCUCACCCGUCCCCAGCGAUCCCUGGACUGACCCAUGCAGCACGCUGAGUGCCACACCCCCGAGCACGGUGACUUUGGCUGACCUGAUGAAAUUGCUGAAGGAGGAUGCCCAGAAUGUUAAGCUGAGGGCCGCGGAGCUGAAGACCUUCUACACUACCCAACAACCGGGUGAGUCUCAGCCCAGAGUCACUGCCACAUAUGUUGAUAUGCUGAAUCCCAUGCACCUGCCAAACUUUCCCUACGACUACGUGGCCACCACCACCGGAAAUAUGACGCUGAUCCUGCUGAACGACUACAAGCAGCUGUCCCGCGUUGCCAUCUACGGUCACGCCAUGAUCAAGAACGAGGUUGCGUGUGACCUCAAGGCUCUGGCCUUGACCCCACUGAACGCACUCAAGACAGCCGUGUACAACGGCCUGUGCCACAUCGACCUCACCGUGCGCAAGCUCAACUCUCGCGUCACUUCCUAUGAAAACAGCGACGCGGUGCUGCCCCCUGAGGUCAAGAGCAUCCCCGAGACUUGCCCUCCCGAGCGCGCGUUCUACGACUACAUCAUCGCCAAGGACACCGUGCACUACGCCGCCGAGCUGUACUCUCAGUACGUCACCUUUAGCCUCUCUAUGACCUCGGGCAAGUAAGGUGAGGGUCGCUAACAGGGCCUGCGGAGACUGAUGAAGAAAAGAAGAAAAACUUUUUUUUUCAGUUUUGCAGUCGUCCCACAGCAAGGCUUUGCCAGCUGACGAUGUCGAGACCAGCAGCUUCCGACAUCUUUUGCUUUUAUUUUAGACCCAGGUCGUAGUUAGCGGCCAUAAUGAUGAGCAUCACAGGGGCAACACUAACACCAACCUUUUUCGUUUGAAAAAAAUUACUUUCCUUCUUCAUGCUUUCGUUUUAUUCGUGAAACAGAACACGAAAGGGAGGGAACUGGUUUAGAAUACCUCUGUGAUGCUCAAUUGCCACAGUUUUGCUGAAGCAACUUUUUUUUCACACUUGGCUUACAGCAAAAAGAGGCGUUGGAUUAUAUUAAUCCAUCUUGCGGUGAGCAGCCAUGUUGCCACAUUCAUUUUAAAACCCAUCUCGAUGUAAAGCCUUUUUCUCGACUCGUAUUUGUGUAUCAAUGUAGCAAUUGUUUGUAAUUACUUACUAAUUUAUUAACAAAUUUCUGAAACAAUUAUUUAUAGAGUUUCAGUCUGUGAUGUCAUUCUUCUCUGGGGACGCAUGACAUGACUAAAUUAAAAGUCGUUAAUGAACAUUAUUCAUUACAUACAACUUCCCUGUAAAGCGAUUUGUGUAUGACGACUUUUCUCAUUUUCUUGCGAUUUUCACUAAUCAUUUCUGACAACUGUUCUCACAUAUAGGUGUGUAUUAUUUGUAUACUGUGUAAUGUAGUAUAAUUAAUAAUGUGUAUUUUGUUCGUUUCUAAUGAAUCUAGUUGUGGUCUGUGUGACAGUUAAUAACUUUAUAUCCACGAGUAUUGUUCACAUAUGGCCAACAUUUGUGUAAAAUAUAAAAUGAUGUUGUCUUCCAUAUAAACACUUAUGACUCACUCAUUGCUGUUAUUCCAGUAACUUGCUCAAAGUAUCAAGAGUUCUUCCACAAAAAAGUUUGAUAUUGUAUUUUGAUAUAUAUUUAUUAUAGAGAUAGAAAUCUUUCCGUUUUUACCCCACUGCUCCAUGCAAACGCUGUGAUACACCCAGUAGACAAUAAACAGUUAUGUACUUAAUGGUUGUGCUCAAUCAAAAUUACUGGAAGAUUGUUUUUACAAAUUGUGAACAGGAUUGAAGGGUGCUUGCGCAGUUUACUCUCCUACUUAAAUGAUGUUUAUUUUAACUUAUGUGAAUAACUAUAUUUGAUUAGUCUUUUGGCUUAUUUACCCAGGCUACGGCUCAAGCAUAUCACAGAAUAUUUAUACUGACAUUAGGGCAGAUAUUAUUUUAACUUUUUCAUCUGAAAUUUUAUUUUCUCUUUUCUGAAUAUCGCUUUUUGAGUGUAUUUGUGCUUCCGUUAGGGCUUCAUUGUAAACAAUGUUCUUUAUUCCUUUCUUUGUUAAUUCAUUCAAUCAGUGACAUACGCCUGUUUUACUUUUUUAAUUUUGGAUAUUAAACGUGAUUAUUGUUUGUGUAUACGGAAAUUUUCUUCAUUAAUAAAGUUCAUAAAAAUUGAAAGUAUCUAUUGAGUGCUUUGUCGGUAUGAUUCUGUGUGUACAUUUGUUUGCAUGAAAGGGUUACUUUUUAACUGGAUUAACUUUAUGAAUAAGUGAAAACAUAAAACGAACAUAGUAAACACUUUUUUCACUCUUGUGGUUAAUGGGAGUUGAAAAACACUGAAAUAUGCCAGUGAUGAAUAGAAUAGCAUUCUGGGGACUGUCGUGUGUGAAACCAGAGGCUGACAUUAUUGACGAGAAUGGCAACGUUGACUCAAGCGACAGUUUCUCCCUCCAUUCUCAUCUUUUACUGUUGUAACAUUAUACAAAUAAAUGUUGUACAUCAGCAGCUUACUAUCUGACCAAACUCAUCACUCUAUAGCUAUAUACACAAUAAAGGCAUCAAAUCCGGCAUUAUGCUCAUAAGAAAUGAUCUUAAGAAAGGACAGUACAAGGGAGCUGAGUCAGAGUCGUCAGUGUUGUGAACAGGAUCACGAAAAUAAACAGAGAUUGUAGGAAAUAGAUAACUUCCUUCAUCUCAAUGUUUCUUAACUGUAGUUUAAUUGUCAAUUAUUUAUAGCAACCUGAACAUAUAAGGCUUAAGGAAAUAAAUUUCUGGAGGCUAGAAACAAUAAACAGAAUAUGGACUGAAGGGCGGGUCCUCUGGUUGAAAAUUACACACGACGGGCAGAUGAGCUCUGACCUUUUACAGCUGUUGUACAUCAGACACUAAAUCCGGCAUUGUGCUCCUCAAACAUUAUUGGGAGACAAUACAAGAGAGUUCCGUUAAUGAGGCAAAGUCAUCAGAACUGAAGAGGAAGUGUUAUAGAAUAAGGAAAGUAAGCACAGCUUGUAGGAAAUAGAUAAAUAGAUAAUAAUCUUUGCAUUGUUCCCUUUAGUUUUUCAGAUGACGUAAUAAAGCAAAUUUCUCGAGGCUGGACACCGCAAAAUGAUCUUUGACAGUAGGGCGGGUCCUUACCACGGAUGGCGUGCACAACAGAUGCUGAAGGAAGGGUGGAGUAUUUUACCAGAUUAAUGUAGAAUCAAGUCACCCUAUGUGACAUUAGUCUGACAAGCUCAACCCUCGCGUCAUUUCCUGUGAAAACAGCAACGCGGUGCUGUCCCCUUUACACAUGCUUUGUGGACUUAAAGAUGGCGUGCGACUCAGUCCAACACCAAUCUCUCUUGACUUGAGAGCAUUAGUUAAAUCCAGAGCAUCCGGGCGUUUUAUCAGACCAAUAAUGGCGAUGUAUGACUUCCUGAAGGCACACAUUAGGACAAAAAAAAAUCAGUGUUGUGAUUUUUUUCAUCUUGUUUAAAUCAAGAUUUACUGCUGCUUAUUUUCUCUGUUUUUACGAGAAACUCUCUUCACGAUGGAUGAAGUCUGCUGGUAUGGUUACAGUAUCACAUGCAUGUAGAACGCCGGAAAUGACAAAUAUCCUGACUUAGGACUAGAGAGAGAGAUGCUGUUGUUCCAGAUGUUGACAGGCAGGGACACGGAUACACACUACUCACCACCUGACAACGCGUGCCUUGCGCACCUAUGGCGAGUCUGGAUUUAGUCUUUCCAACCGUGAGAUCCAACUCUGGUCGUGCUUCCUUUCUUCGUGAUCAGACGCACAUUCAUCUGCACGCACCUGCUCGUCUCGUGCCGUCACAGUGCUGUUCGUGACACUGAGGCAGCGACAGAUGGCGCCUCGUGUGGAUGCUGCUUCCGGCACGUCACCCAACAUGUAUUUGUAUUUCCAGACAUUACUGAUGAUUUCAUCAGGAGCCCUCCGCUCCCUAGAAAUAAUGGAUGAAAAGGGGAAAAGUCAAAUGCGUUCACUGUCAAAAUAUUGUGUGACUGUUGAGAUUCUCUGAAGCGAUCUGACACUGAAAGCUUGUAAAGAAUAUUGUCUUUAUGUUUACAUCGGCCUCCGUCUGUUUUGUUGUUCUAAAUGUUAAACGCUCUGAUCAUAUCUUUAGGAAGAGCUCAAUAGGAUUGUUUACUAUUGUUAUUUACCAUUUCAUGCUUUUAAUCUUCGCAUAAUCUGCCAUCAUCAAUAAUCAUUGAAUAAAUGUAUAUCUAUAUA